AGUCGCCGAAAAAGCGACAGCGGCGCGCCGUUAAGUAUGUAAUACUUCAUUCCACAGGGUCUCCAGCUCCAGACCAUCCCUUCUCCAGCUGGUAGCGCGGCUACUCUCGCCCGACCAUCGCCGCUCGAAGUAUAUGAAUGCCCUCGAGCUUUCCUCUACUCAUGUUUUCACACUUCGUCACCAUGAAAUACUGGCUUGUGUUUGGGGUCUUUGCGUCCUAUAUAUCUUCUGUGAAUGGCUAUAGUCUCAUCCGCGAAUACUCGGGGCAGAGCUUCUUCGAUCGCUGGGACUUUUACAACGAUUAUGACAACCUAACUGCAGGUAAUGUCAUGUGGGCCAACGAGUCCUAUGCAGCCAGUCAGAAGCUGGCGUACAUAGACAGUCGAGGAAAUGCCAUUAUCAAAGUGGACAACACAACAAACGUGCCUUUGGGCCAGAACCGUAGCACAGUUCGCAUAACAAGUCAAGACACAUAUGAUAUCGGAAGCGUUUGGAUAAUCGACCUCAGUCACAUACCGUUUGGAUGCUCGGUAUGGCCCGCAUUUUGGACUUUUGGGCCCAACUGGCCGGAGGAUGGGGAAAUAGAUAUCAUCGAGGCCAUCAAUAUGAUGACUUUUAACCAAAUGAGUAUUCAUACCACGCCAGGAUGCACUGAUAAUGGAUCAGAAUAUCAACUUGGUAUAAGCGGUCCAACGACCGACUGUUCUCAACCCCCUGGAUGCACAGUGGCGGAAACUUCUCCGAAUAGUUAUGCAGGCGAUUUUGCGGCAGCUGGUGGGGGAGUUUGGGCAACGCAAUUUGAUGUAUCGGGUAUCUUUAUCUGGUUCUGGAGUCGCCCCAACAUACCUGCUUCCAUCAAUCAAGCUAACUCAUCUUCGGUGGACGUCACUCAAUGGGGAACUCCGCAUGCCAGUUAUUUUUCUAACACAUGCAACAUUACCCAGUUCUACACCCCGCAGAACCUGGUUUUAGAUAUUACUCUUUGCGGAGUCUGGGCAGGUGUUGGAUCAAACUAUGCUUCGACGUGUGCCAACGCAGGUCCAACAGGUCAAUGUUACGAGGACUGCGUAGUCGGGCCUGGAAGUCCACGAUAUGAUGAUGCAUAUUUCAACAUAUCAUAUGUUCGUGCAUAUACCUCUGCUCUACCAUCUGCCACUGCCACUGGAACGACAACCACCCCUCCUACAAGGGUAACGGCUACACGUCAAAGUGGGAAAUCCACCCGGAACUACGAUAACAAUGGGUGGAGCGCGGUAGUGAUGUUUCUCAUUGCGGCCCCGAUUGCCGUGAUCGGUUCAUGGCCACUCAUGUUCAAAAAGCUGCAUUACCGUGGCAUGCCAGUAUAACCUGCGUAGUUUUACUUCACUCUUGACUGCUUAUGACUCAGGGAUGAUCGAGAUAACUUAUGACUGCAUUUAUAUCUAGAUUGCACGAUGGACAAGGGACAGAUUGAUGUAGUAUUAUUAUGGACAUGUGAACAACAGACUUUCUUUUGUACCAUGAUCAUGUGUACAGAUGGACACUGUCAUGCUGCGGCAAUCUAUAGCUUCAAAACGUCCUAUGGUUGACC